AAAGGACACCGUUCUGAAGUACCAGUUCGGCCAUGGUUUUAGCCCUGAUUUUGGACCUGGUUUCGGUCCUAGUUUUUCUGGUUUUCUGGGUUCAUUUGGAACCUGGGUUUGUCGAUUUCUUAAUUACUAUUACAGAGAAGGUGCAUAA